UAAUACUCAUAACUGUGCAUACACCGACGUGCGUGGGGUUAUUUAGAAGAGCGCUCCUGCGGCCCGUCGCGCUGGCUACUGUUAGCCUUCGUGGCCUGUUAGCAGGCCGCUGCGGUUUAGGCGCGGGGACAUGGACGCAAUUAUACGACGCUCGCUCCAAAAUAGGGCUACGGUGCUUUACGUUAGCCGGCCGGCAAGAGAGCGCCACGUAACGCACGGCGUCAACAGAAUCCUCAGGAGCAGUGAAGUGUCUUCAUGGCAGUUCGUCGUGGACACAUUAAGUACUUGAAAGCCGACUUGCAGGAGGUGUAUGAAAUGUCGAACGGUUAUGAAGACCACAUGGGAGGGGACGAGGCGAAGGACGCCAAGACUAACCUGAUCGUGAACUACCUGCCUCAGAGCAUGACGCAGGAUGAACUGCGGAGCCUCUUCAGCAGCAUCGGGGAGGUGGAGUCGGCCAAACUAAUCCGGGACAAAGUCGCAGGCCACAGUUUAGGGUACGGAUUUGUUAACUAUCUUAACCCUAAUGAUGCAGAAAGAGCUAUCAGUACACUGAAUGGACUAAGGCUACAGUCCAAAACUAUCAAGGUUUCAUACGCACGGCCCAGCUCUGACAUGAUUAAGGAUGCCAAUCUGUAUAUCAGCGGCCUGCCAAAGUCCAUGACCCAGAAAGACGUGGAAGACAUGUUUUCACGUUAUGGACGUAUCAUUAACUCUCGUGUACUUGUUGAUCAGGGUACAGGUAUGACAGGUGCGUCCCGCGGGGUGGCCUUUAUCAGGUUUGACAAGCGGUCCGAGGCGGAGGAGGCUGUCAAAAACCUGAACGGCCAAAAACCACCCGGUGCCGCUGAGCCAAUCACGGUGAAAUUUGCUGCCAACCCAAACCAGGUGAAGAACACGCAGCUCAUUUCUCAGCUCUACCACAACCAAACCCGCCGCAUUGGAGGGCCUUUACAUCACCAGGCGCAGAGGUUCAGGUUUUCCCCCAUGAGCGUCGACCACAUGAGUGGGAUGGGAGGCGUCAGCGCCCCUGGGAACUCCACCUCCGGCUGGUGCAUCUUCAUCUACAACCUGGGCCAGGACGCCGACGAAAGCAUCCUCUGGCAAAUGUUUGGGCCGUUUGGCGCCGUCACCAAUGUCAAGGUGAUCCGAGACUUCAACACAAACAAGUGCAAGGGCUUUGGCUUCGUUACCAUGACAAACUACGAGGAGGCGGCCAUGGCCAUCGCCAGCCUGAACGGCUACCGUCUCGGAGACAAGAUGUUGCAAGUGUCCUUUAAGACCAGCAAGGGCCACAAGUAGAGUGAGAGCCGGACAAUUGGGUUUAGAGGGGAUGAGGUUGCAAUGACCUGCACCAGGCUUUUUUUGGGGUGGGUGGGAGGGGCUAAAUUAGGAGUUAGCCAAGUCUGGCUCAUCCAUUUUGGUUUAAGUGUAUUCAGAGUUAAGUAAGAUGUUUGUUCACUCUGCACCUUUGUUACUUUUCUAAGACUGAUUUAUUUUUGAUUUGUUUUUUCAUCUUUUCGUUCAUUCGUGGGGCUUGAGGACACUCUGUUUUUUUUUGUUUUUUUUUUUAAGGGAGAAGAUGAAGAGUGCAAAAGUUUGAGAUACCCUCAAGGUGAAUUCAAAAUUUAUCUUAAAAGCAGAAAUACUGUCUGUAUUUGUUGCAUGUAUAACUAGAAAAGCUAGAAAAAAAAACAGAGGCAGGUCAACGGUGUUCUGAAAGCACAGAGCAAAAAUGUUCUGUCUAAAUUUUAGUGGUUAAUUCUAAUCAAAGUGGAAAAACAACAGUUUACUUGGGAGACGUUGGUUGUUUUGUGUUGGGUAAAGCAGUGCUUUGUUCCGGGUCUUCAUGAGAAGUAGACCUAUAGAUGCCUUAAAUGAUCAUCCAGUGGACAGACAGACAGACAGACAGACAAUACCACUCACCAUAUUGAUUAAUCUAAAACUAAGCACUUUUAACCAAUGUGUUUUAGGUUACUAAGAAUAUCAGCCUUUUUUUAUGUUAAGCUCUGACCAGGUUAACGGUUUUAAACAUCGAGCCCUGAAGGGAAUUUUUGUUGUUCUUGUUGGAUGUCGUCCCCUGUGUAAAUUUGUCUUUUUAUUCUAAAUUGUUCUGCAUGAGACUCUUUAAAAAGAAAAAAAAAGAUCCCCAGUCAAAAAGUUUGGAAGUAAUAUGGACCAAAGACAGGGAGAGAUUUGAUCCUAUAACCCCAGAGCAGAUUAGCGAGGUAAAUUGCAUAUAUAUAAUAUUAUUAUUAUUAUUAUUAUUAUUAUUAUUAUUAUUAUUAUUAUUUGUUUUUGAGGAGGUACUAAGAUAAUAUCUGACACUGACUGAGACCAUCAUUUAUGCUCAGUUUUACUUUUUUUUUUUUUCCCUAUUUCAUUUUGAGUUGAUUUGUUUUCUUUGAAUUAAUUUUUUUGUUCUUUCUAGAAAUUUAGAUUUUAAUUUUUACAAUGUCAUUUACAAACCUGUUUUAUUGAGUUUGGAAACUCGAGAGAGAUUAAUGGCCUUUGUUGGACAAUUGAUUUCAGUUUAGAUUACUUUUCCUUAUUUUUUUGUUUUGGUUGUUUCAGUUUGAACAUAAACCAUUAAAUUUUAUUUCAUUUUGCUGAACAUUUUGUUUGGUUUGUUUCUUUCUUUUUCCUUUUUUUUUAGAUUUUGGUUUUGUUCUGUUCUUUUUCUGAUAAUAAAUCCCUGUUCCACCAAAAACAGGCAGUCGAAAGUCAGACUUAAUAAUUAACAUGUGGACCAACAGUAAGUCGAGAUGAGUAUUAUUUAAACUGUGCAAAGACACUUGAAGGAAAAUUAUUAUCCAGUAUAACAUUUCACAAAGCAACAUUUCUGAGAAGUACGAAUCACUACAGUUGUAGUUUAUUUAAGGUACGUUUUAAAGCAGUGAAGUUGAUAAAUGUCUUUUUUUUCUAGUAAAUCUGCUCUGAUUUCUGGCUCUUUUGGCAGGAUAGUGUUUGAUAUCACUGCUAAAUCCAAGCUUUUUCAGAUCAAAACCCAGUUUCUGUUGACUGGGCUUUCUCUUUUGAUUGAAGGCUCAGUUGUGUUUACCUGCAGAGUGAAACACUUCCUCCUGUUGUCCACCUGUAAAAUGUUUUUGAGAUUGGACUCCUCAUCUCUCUGGUGUUGAAUUUAGGCGGAUUGUCUUGUCACACAGGUGCUGUGUUUUUCAGAUUGAACAGAGAAACCAUUCACUGAUGGUGGCAAAUGAUUCCUGAAAAACGGUACCUGCUCAUGCUUUUUUUUUUUCUUUUUCCUGCUAUUCUACGCGACACUAAAUAAAAUGCCCAUCUAUAAUAUAUAUAUAUUCCGUAAAAGGAUUGUUUCCAUCAGAGCUUCAGUGUUUUGUGUUUCAGUAUUCACGUCAUUUCUUUUGGUUUUGUUUCCUAAACCUUAACAUUUUGUGCAAUACUUGGUGACCUGCUCAAAGCAGGUGAUAGAAAUGUGUUAUAGUCUUGAAUUGUCAUCCGUUUGAUAUAUUUUUUUUUUACUGAUGUUUUGUCGUUGCUCAGUUUUUCUCGGAUCUGCACGAAAGACGAGAGUGACGUUGUGACGGCAGUCCGAAUAAACUGCGCUCGGCCUUAAUUUAUAGGUGUAAUCUUGUGUUUUACAUCGGAAGCGCGGACAUUUGAAAAUGUACACAGUCAUACUUGUUACUUAUUGCAGUGUUCUAAAUGGUUUUAACGAUUUCUGUGGUUUUCUGUUUUUGUUUUUUUUGAAUGGACACAGAGUUGAAGUCCAUUAAAUGUCUUCUAACGUUGGAUUAUUUCAAUAAAAACAUGGUGCAAUAGUA